AUGGCCGCCUAUCACAGUCGAGAGGCUUGCCCAACUGUGAAGAACAUCCUUCUGUUAGACUCCGAGGGCAAACGUGUCGCCAUCAAGUACUAUUCGGAUGAAUGGCCCACUAACAGCUCUAAGCUAGCUUUUGAGAAGUCCGUUUUCACGAAAACUCAAAAGAAUAAUGCUCGUUCGGAAGCGGAGAUCACGAUGCUGGAGAACAAUAUCAUUGUGUAUAAGUUUGUUCAAGAUCUGCAUUUCUUUGUGACUGGAGGUGAUGAUGAAAAUGAACUGAUUCUAGCCACUGUGCUGCAGGGUUUUGUUGAUGCAGUAACUCUUCUCCUCAGGAACAAUGUUGACUUGAGGGAGGCACUUGAAAACUUGGAUCUUAUUCUUUUGUGCCUUGACGAGAUUGUCGAUGGAGGGAUUGUUCUUGAAACUGAUGGUAGUGUUAUUGCUGGAAAAGUGGCCUCCCAUACCAUGGAUGAUGGUGCUCCUUUGUCUGAGCAGACGAUAACUCAAGCUCUAGCCACUGCGCGUGAGCAUUUGACAAGAUCGCUCUUGAGAUGA